CGGAACUCUGGGAGGCCCCAGGGGGUCUGCGGGCGCCGUGAGAGAGGGUUGGGCUGCCCGUGUUCUGCUGGGGUGGGAGACAGCCCGAGCCUCGGCAGUGCGUUUGGAGUGCCUGUAGGGAUGGAUAAAUGGUGCAAAAAUGAAGGAAUGUGAUCCUUAUUCUGAUAGACACCCCAGUUUCUCCUGUGAAGCAAAUGCCAUCACUGCCACCACCUUAGAUUUCAGACAAUUGGCCUGGAUACAGUCUGGAUUUGUUCACUUAUCCUCAGCACUACUAUGGUGACCUGGAAUAUGUGCUCAUUCCUCAUGGCAUUAUUGUUGACAGAACGACUGGCAAAAGAUAUUAUGCAAGACAUUGGAGACAAUGAUAUUGUGGUUCUCUGUGUCCUCAAAGGUGGCUACAAGUUCUGUGCUGAUCUUGUGGAGCACAUUAAAAAUCUUAGCAGAAAUUCAGAAAGGUUCAUCUCUAUGAAAGUCGAUUUUGUUAGACUGAAAAGUUACCACAAUGAUCAGUCUAUGCAAGAUAUGCAGAUAAUUGGAGGAGAUGAUCUUUCAAAGCUGACUGGCAAGAAUGUUCUAAUUGUGGAGGAUAUUGUUGGAACUGGGAGGACCAUGAAGGUUCUGCUUAACAAUAUAGAAAAAUACAAGCCAAAAAUGAUUAAAGUGGCAAGUUUGUUGGUGAAAAGAACAUCUCGGCCUGAUGGGUACAGACCAGAUUAUUACGGAUUUGAAAUUCCAGAUUUAUUUGUGGUAGGUUAUGCCUUAGACUACAAUGAGCACUUCAGAGAUUUAAACCACAUAUGUGUUAUCAAUGAUCAUGGCAAAGCAAAAUACAGAGUCUGAAGCAGUAACAUCCACACCUGAAUAUUUCUGUGAAGCAGAAAUUUGACUACAGUCCCUCAAGCAUCUCCCAGAAAAGCAAUUCAACUGGCUUGUGUGUCUUUCAACUCAGUAUAACAAGGGCUUUACUCUAGAGAUGCUGAUGAAUAUUUACAGAAGUGAGAGGUCUUAUCUAAAAUGUGAAGCGUAGGACUUUUACAGUUACUACCUUUAUUAAGUAUUAAAAUUACCACCUAAGAUGCCUUUUGAACUAAUAACUUAUCUGCCUCAGGUCUCAUUGGGAACACAUCUUUUCUUUGCUCAGUUCUUCAUUCCACCUAUUGCAAUUCAUGUACUUCACUGUGUUGCACAAGAUAGUUCAAAAGUGCCAUUCUGUACAUGAGGAUUAUUUUAUAAGAUUUUAUUGACUUCAUCAUGCAAAAUUGAAAGCAUCAUUUUGACCUUAUUCAAAAGUUUCAGUGGAAGUUCUAUGUUGUUUUGCAAUUCAUUACCCAUUCUUCAAAACAAAAUUUUAGCUCUCAGAAUGUGCUGAAUUAGAGUGCAGGUCAAAAUGAACCUUUGCAAGACACUGUUGAUCCAAAGUUGGAAGAUAUCAUGGUUCUGAUAUGUCAUGUAGCCAUAGAUCUGACCUGUUUAAUGUCCUGAAUUUUAAUCAAGACAAACCAAUGCCAGGCAGGUUUGAAUUUCUGCAUGGUAUCCCUUUCUUCUCUAGGAUACAAACAAGUAUAAAAAUUAACAGUGUUCUCCUGAGCUUAUAUUCUUAACUAAAACUCAUUAAGCACAAAAGUUUAAUGUUAGUCAGACAAUUAUUCAGUUAUGAUUUGAUUUUUGUAACGUGUGUAAGUAGAGACUUUUUGUAACCAUCUGUCAUCUUUGAGAAUACAGGUCUGACAAUGCUGAGGAAGGCUUGUAUAGAAAAAAAAGAAAAAAUAUAUAGGACAACACAGAGAACCAGUUAAUGCGUGAGUGUUGUAGACUGUAGUCUCCUUCCUUAAUAGAUCAUGUUUGAAGAAAUUUGUGAAUUUUAUGUACUGUAUUAGCUGUGAAAAGUUUAAUUCUGUAUUAAAUACAAGUGUUCUUAACAACUUCCCGAGGGAAACCAAUGCAAAGUAGCUGAGUAUCAGUAGCAUUCCUCUGAACUGUGAGAGGCAGAUUGUUACUAGCUGCAGAUUCCUAUAAACUAAUAAAGAAACAUUAGGAAUACUUA